GAUCCGUUUGAAGCAGCGACAAAAAAAAUUUGAAUCUCGCGGCGCUCAACGGCUCCCUGCGCCUGGCGACUUCAAAUCGACGUUCGCGCGCGAACGAGCGGUGUCGGUGCGAGUCUUUUUUAGUUUCAAGACACGAGCAGAGCGCGAUUCCGUCCUCGUUACCUCGCAAUCGUUUCGCUCCAAUAACAACAACAGCAGCAACAAAAGGCCUUUUGCGUUUUUUUUUGUUGAGAUGGCGACGAGCGUUUUGGACGCUGCUCCGCUGAAGAAAAAUCUACUCAACGUCAAGGAUGAUGCCAAAUCGAAGCGCCUGUCGGUGGAGAGGAUCUACCAGAAGAAGACCCAACUGGAACACAUCUUGCUCCGGCCAGACACCUAUAUCGGCUCGGUGGAGCCCGUCACCCAGAACAUGUGGGUGUUUGAUGAGGGAAUCGGCAUGAACUGCAGGGAUGUCACGUAUGUGCCUGGGUUGUUCAAGAUUUUUGAUGAGAUCCUUGUUAAUGCCGCAGACAAUAAGCAAAGGGACCCAAACAUGACAUGUAUUAAAGUCACCAUUGACCCGGAAAACAACAAAAUCAGUGUGUGGAACAAUGGAAAGGGAAUCCCGGUGGUGGAACACAAGGUGGAGAAGGUGUACGUGCCUGCGUUGAUCUUCGGACAGCUGCUCACCUCAAGCAAUUACGACGAUGAUGAAAAGAAGGUCACAGGUGGGCGAAAUGGUUACGGAGCAAAAUUGUGCAACAUCUUCAGCACUCAAUUUACUGUAGAGACAUCCUGCAGUGAAUCUAAAAAGAUGUUUAAACAGAAAUGGAUGAAUAACAUGUCAAAGGAAUGCGACUCUGUGAUCAAGCCCAGCAGUGGAGAAGACUUCACAUGUAUCACCUUCCAACCAGACUUAACCAAGUUCAACAUGACCAUACUGGACAAGGACAUCAUGGCAAUCAUGACGCGCCGUGCCUACGAUAUAGCUGGGAUCUGCAAAGGGGUCAAGGUUUUCCUCAAUGGCCAGAAAUUGCCUCUCACUGGCUUCAGGAAAUACGUGGACUUCUACCUAAAGGACCGUGUGGAUGAAUCGGGAAUGCCACUACAUGUGGUGCAUGAGGUCGUGAGUAACCGCUGGGAGGUGUGCCUCACCAUAAGUGAAAAGGGUUUCCAGCAGGUCAGCUUCGUCAACAGCAUUGCCACCACCAAGGGUGGACGACACGUGGACUAUGUAGUGGAUCAGGUGACAAGCAAGCUCAUUGAGACGGUGAAGAAGAAAAACAAGGCUGGCAUUGUUGUGAAGCCUUUCCAGGUCAAGAACCACAUGUGGAUAUUCGUGAACUGCUUGGUGGAAAACCCCACGUUUGACUCCCAGACGAAGGAAAACAUGACCUUGCAGCACAAGAAGUUUGGCUCAACCUGUUCCCUCUCCGAAAAGUUCAUCAAGACGGCAAUGGGCUGUGGGAUUGUUGAAAGCAUUUUGAACUGGGUGAAGUUCAAAGCACAGUCUCAGCUGAACCAAAAUUGCUCUGCCAAGAAGAUUUCUAAGUUGCGGGGAAUUCCCAAGCUGGAUGAUGCCAAUGAUGCAGGUGGAAAAAACUCCCAGAAGUGCACCCUCAUUUUGACGGAGGGAGACUCGGCCAAGACUCUAGCUGUUUCUGGGCUGGGUGUUGUGGGGCGUGACCACUAUGGAAUCUUCCCUCUCCGUGGGAAAAUGCUCAACGUGCGAGAGGCUUCUUACAAGCAGAUUAUGGAGAACGCAGAAAUCAACAACCUGAUCAAGAUCGUAGGCCUGCAGUACAAGAAAAAGUAUGACGAUCCUGAAUCGCUCAAGACUCUCCGCUAUGGCAAGAUCAUGAUCAUGACAGAUCAGGAUCAGGAUGGCUCUCACAUUAAAGGGCUUCUCAUCAACUUCAUUCACCACAACUGGCCAUCCUUGCUUCAACAUCGUUUCUUGGAAGAGUUCAUCACCCCUAUCGUCAAGGUGUCCAAAAACAAGCAAGAGUUGCCAUUCUACAGCAUGCCCGAGUUCGACGAAUGGAAGAAUGAGACAAGCAAUUACAAAACCUGGAAAAUAAAGUACUACAAAGGUCUGGGGACCAGUACAUCCAAGGAGGCCAAGGAGUACUUUGCGGACAUGAAACGCCAUCGCAUCGAAUUCCGCUACUCUGGCCCCGAGGAUGAUAAUGCGAUCACCCUGGCCUUUAGCCGAAAGAAGAUUGAGGACCGCAAGGAGUGGCUGACGAACUGGAUGGUGGACCGUAGGCAGCGUAGGGAACAAGGGCUGCCCGAGUCUUUCCUUUACGGAAAACAAACUGCUUACCUGACUUACAACGACUUCAUCAACAAGGAGCUGAUCCUCUUUUCUAACUCGGACAAUGAGCGCUCAAUCCCUUCUCUUGUUGAUGGUUUCAAGCCUGGGCAGAGGAAAGUACUCUUCACGUGCUUUAAAAGGAAUGACAAGCGGGAGGUGAAGGUAGCCCAGCUGGCAGGUUCGGUGGCUGAGAUGUCUGCUUACCACCAUGGCGAGCAAUCGCUCAUGAUGACUAUCGUCAGCUUGGCCCAGAACUUUGUUGGCAGCAAUAACAUCAAUGUCCUGCAGCCCAUCGGCCAAUUUGGAACCCGCCUAAAUGGCGGCAAGGAUGCUGCCAGCCCUCGAUACAUCUUCACCAUGAUCAGCACGGUCGCUCGUCUGCUGUUUCCACCCGUGGAUGAUAACCUGCUCAAGUUCCUGUGGGAUGACAACCAGCGGGUGGAGCCCGAGUGGUACUGUCCCAUCAUCCCCUUGGUGCUGGUGAACGGGGCUGAUGGCAUUGGCACAGGCUGGGCCUCCAGAAUCCCCAACUUCAACCCACGUGAGAUCAUCAACAACAUCCGCCGCUUGCUUGAUGGAGAAGAGCCUCUGCCUAUGCUGCCAUGGUACAAAAAUUUCAAGGGGUCCAUCGAUGAGCUGGGUCCUAACCAGUUCAUGUUCAGCGGUGAAAUUUCCAUCCUGGACAGUGAGACCAUUGAGAUCUCGGAGCUGCCUGUACGCACUUGGACUCAGACGUAUAAGGAAUCAGUGCUGGAACCCAUGCUCUCUGGCACAGACAAGACUACGCCGCUCAUCACGGACUACAAGGAGUACCACACGGACACCACGGUGCGCUUCAUUAUCAAGAUCAGCCGGGAGAAGCUGUUGGAGGCAGAGGCAGCGGGCUUGCACAAAGUGUUCAAGCUACAAGCACCGCUCACCUGCAAUUCAAUGGUGCUUUUUGACCACCUUGGUUGCUUGAAGAAGUAUGAGUCCGUGGCCGAUAUCCUGCGCGAGUUCUACGAGGUGCGUCUCAAGUACUACAGCUUGCGCAAGGAGUGGCUCAAUGGUAUUCUGGGAGCAGAGUCGGCCAAACUGAGCAACCAGGCACGCUUCAUCCUCGAGAAGAUCGAGGGAACGGUGGUCAUCGAGAAUAAGCCAAAGAAGGAGCUGAUUCGGAUGCUGGAGGCCCGAGGGUAUGAUUCUGAUCCCAUCCGUGCCUGGAAGGAGGCUCAAGUAAAGUCAAAUUUUGAAGAAGAGGCAAACAGUCAAGAGGACAGCGACGAUGGAGAAGAGUCGGGCAGUGCCACGUCGUCCACUCCGUCAUCUGGACCUGACUAUAACUACAUCCUCAACAUGGCCCUCUGGUGUCUGACCAAGGAGCGCAAGGACGAACUGUUGCGGCAGAGAGAUUUGAAGAUUCAAGAGCUGGAGGAUCUGAAGUGCAAAUCACCGUGUGAUCUGUGGAAAGACGAUUUGGCGGUAUUUCUGGAGGAGCUGGAUCGUGUGGAGGCCAAAGAGCGCAAGGAUGAUACAGCUGAUAUGGCAAGGGGUAAAGGUGGCCAAAAGAAAGCGGGCUCCAAGAGCCUGGCUAUGAAGGCGGAGGUGGUGCCCUCGCCACACGGUCGACGUAUCGUGCCAGUCAUCACUGCUGCCAUGAAGGUCGCUCGCAAAAAAAUUAAGACUGAUCGCGACAGGCCUGGAGAAAAAAAGUAUGAUGAGGAUGGAAAUGAGCUGCUGUCAUUCUCUCCCGAUGAGGGCUCUAAUCUCACAAAACGUGUGACAAAGAAACCGAAGGAAACAGAUGGGAAGAAGCAAACAACACUGUCCUUCAAGCCAACAGCCAAAAAGGCGACCAAGAAAAAUCCAUGGUCAGAAUCCGAUUCGGAUCUUGAUCUGAGCAAUCUGUCUUCUGAGGACAUUAAGGUGCCCUCCAGAGAUUCCAGGCCCAAGCGUGCUGUUGCCGCACAAAAUGUUAAGUAUGACAGUACAGAUGAAGAGGUGGAGCAGCGGACUGUGAACCCGCAGAUGUCAACGUCGAGCCACAGCGUGGACAACAGCGACAGUGAGGACGCGUUUCUGUCCAUGAAGCCGGCCUUGCCGGCACCAAGCAGACGAAAGAAAGUGACCGAGAAAUCUAAGGACUGCAAGCCGGACGGCACAAACCCCAAACCUGCCACAAAGAAAGCCAUUGCAUCCAUCGACCUGCUCCUGGAUUCUGAGGAUGAGAACCUGAUUGGGAUCGCCAAAGCAGCAGUGAAAGCCAAAGAAAAGCCUGCAAGCAAGGCCACCACUAGCAAGGGCUCUAAAACCACUACCAAAAAAGGUGACACCAAGCAGCCGACCAUCCAGGCUGCUAUGGCCAAAGCAAAAGCCAAACCUAAAGCAAGUGGCUUUGCUAGCUCAAGCUCGGAGGAUGAUCUUGCAAAAACAUCCAAAGCAGCCGUGGCAGGUGGUGGAAAGAAGCGAAAGGUGCUUGACGAUUCUGACAGCAGCACUGAACCAGUCAAGCAAAGGUCCACAGCUCAACAGAAGAAGAAGGUGGGGAUGGACGAUAGUUUCACACUCGAUGACAAAGUGCCGCUGGAUUGCAGCCCUUUACAAAAAGGCCCCCGAGCUGCUCGCGCCAAGAAGAUCGUCAAGUACAACUUCUCCGAUGACGAGUCUGACUCCCAGUCGGACUUCUGAGGCCGCAAGAAGGCGCUGACUUGUUGAGUAAGCGACCCGAUUAGCGUCUGUUGCUCUGGAUGUCAAAAAAAAAAAUCACAAUUUCAUAUAGAUCUGUGUAUGUACGUACAAAUGUAAUGGUUGCGAGUAGAAGGAAAAAAACUUGCUAUACAUUUGCGUCACAAUUGAAGCGACAGUUUAAAAAGAUGUUAAAGGUGAUGUUAUUGAGUCAUUAAAUGCUGUACGGGCUGGUCUCGCUUAGCAAGCGAAAUACGGUUCACGAAAGUUUCUCGUUAAAUGAAAACUCGUCAUGGUUUUCCCAUCGACUCCCACGU